AUGUCUUUCCAGAAGCCCGAGAAGGAUUUCGGCGAGGGCCCUAAGGUCCACAAGAUCCGCAUCACCCUCACCUCCCGCAAGGUUGCCUCCCUCGAGAAGGUCUGCCAGGAGCUGAUCGACCGUGCUCGCUCCAAGUCCCUCCAGGUCAAGGGUCCCGUCCGUCUGCCCACCAAGACCCUCCAGAUCUCCACCCGUAAGACCCCCAACGGUGAGGGUUCCAAGACCUGGGACAAGUUCGAGAUGCGCAUCCACAAGCGUCUCAUCGAUCUCCUCGCCCCCACCGAGACCGUCAAGCAGAUCAUCAUCAACAUCGAGGCCGGUGUUGAGGUUGAGGUCACCAUUGCCGCAUAA